UUGCUUUUGUCAGCAGUCAACAUUUUUUUUUCCCUUACUGCAUUUUUUGGGAAUUCUCUGAUCUUUGUUGCACUUCACAAGAUAUCUUCCAUCCAUGCGCCGUCCAAACUCUUGUAUCGUUGUCUGGCAACAACUGAUCUGUUGGUUGGUCUGGUAAGCCAGCCUCUCGUUGCCACUCUUUGGAUGUCGGUUGUUCAUGAACAGUGGAGACUUUGUCGAUUCGCAUGGGAAGCAACCUCCAUUUCAGGGUAUGGAUUAUGUUUAAUGUCUUUGUUGACAAUGGCAGCCAUGAGCGUGGACAGACUUCUGGCCUUGUUGUUGGGGCUGAGAUACAAACAAAUUGUAACUUUGAAGCGCACAUAAGUCAUUGUCGUUACUCUUUGGAUUAUAACCGUUGUCACUACUCUAUACCGCACGUUGCUUUCUCGUAUAGCGCGUUGGUUUGGUCGCAUUAUCAUCUCAUCUUGCCUAUUAAUCUCGAUUACAUCAUAUGCUAAGAUUUUCCGCGCUCUUCGCCGUCAUCAGGCUCAAAUACAAGAUCAUGUUCAACACCAGCCGAGCCAACUAAAUGCACCGAACAUGGGGCAAUACAGAAAGGCAGUGUACAGUGCACUGUGGGUUCAGUUAGCGUUACUUGCUUGUUACGUACCAGUUAGUGUAGAGGCAAUUGUAAUGGCUCACAGACAAGCAAAUUUAUCACAUUUAGUUGUCGCCCUGGGAAUAGCAAACACCAUAGUGAAUUUGAACUCGACGUUAAACCCGUUCCUAUACUGCUGGAAGAUUAGUGAAGUGAGACAAGCAGUGAAGCAGACAAUCAGACAAGCACUUUGCUGUCCAUGGACUUAG